AUGAACUUCUCGCCGUACUCACCUUCGCCAGAUGAAGAUAGAACUUCCCGUUCGCCAAAAAAGCACCAAAAGCAUCAACAGCAAUCUAGCCAAGCAGCAGCUUAUAGCUCAUAUCAAGCUGGUUCCGACUCAUACGCAGAGCAAGGAUUGUUGGGUAGUGGAAAUGGUGCUGGAAGCAGCAGCAGUAAUUCAGCAUUCAAUGGUCAACAGGCUAUUCGUGUAAACAAGUAUGAAACUUCCUUACCUAUUCGUGUUGAUGUGGAGGCAUCUUUGGCUUAUGUGCUGGGACCGGUAACAGGAUUAUUAUUGCUGAUUCUCGAGAGACAGAACGAUUAUGUCAGAUUUCAUGCAUGGCAGUCUUCUCUCACAUUUUCAGCAUUGAUGCUUGCACAGUUCAUCUUGCUGUUUAUUUCGUCCUUUUUAUCGUGGGUUUUAUUCUUUUUCAACAUCUUUUUGCUGAUUUGGCUAGUGUACCGAGCAUAUCUAGAUGGAGCAUCGCUAGAAAGAUACGAAGUGCCCUAUUUUGGUAUAAUUGCAUCAGAAUACGUUGAUACGGAAUGA